AGAUCUCCAGGGAAUCCAUAAGAGGGAGAGAUAAAGGAGAGAUCAGAGUCUCUGCACACAUCUCUGUCCCUGCACUCCCCAGCCUGGAGGACACAUGAAGAGCCAUACAGCUGGCCCCCCUGUGUACACCGGCCCGGGGUCCCCUGACAACCAUGUCCCCCAUUAUAGGACCGGUGCUGUGCUGAGUCCUGGCUGUCCCUGAACAACCCUGAACCUUCCCUGCGUGCUCUGACAUGUAACCCCCCCACCCCCCCCAUCCCUGCCUCCGACCGCAGCCAUGAAGGACGGGGGCGAGUCGAAGGACCAGCAGCUGACGGUCGCUCUCCGGAUCCGGCCAAUCAAUGAAACAGAACUUAUGGAAGGAGCCACCAUCAUCGCCCAUAAGGUGGAUGACCAGAUGGUGGUUUUAAUGGAUCCCAUGGAAGACCCAGAUGACAUUUUGAGAGCCAAUCGUUCCCGGGAGAAGUCUUAUAUGUUUGAUGUCACCUUUGAUUACACCGCUACCCAGGAGACCGUGUAUCGGCUGACGACCAAAGGUCUGAUAGAAGGAGUCAUAUCGGGGUAUAAUGCCACAGUAUUCGCCUACGGCCCCACCGGAUGUGGCAAGACCUACACCAUGCUGGGCACAGACAGAGAGCCGGGCAUAUACAUAAGGACCCUGAAUGACCUCUUCAAAGCCAUUGAGGAGACCAGUGACGAUAUGGAGUAUGAGGUCAUCAUGUCUUAUUUAGAGAUCUACAAUGAAAUGAUCCGGGAUCUACUGAACCCAUCACUGGGCUACCUGGACCUGCGAGAGGAUUCCAAAGGUGUCAUCCAAGUAGCCGGUAUUACAGAGGUGUCCACCAUCAAUGCUAAAGAGAUCAUGCAACUGCUGAUGAAAGGGAAUAAGCAGAGGACGCAGGAACCUACGGCAGCCAAUAAAACCUCAUCGCGGUCACACGCCAUCCUCCAAGUCACUGUCAGACAGAAAAAUCGCAUCAAGAACAUCACUCAGGAGGUGCGGAUGGGAAGGCUGUUCAUGAUAGACCUGGCCGGAUCAGAGAGGGCUUCCCAGACCCAGAACCGAGGACAGAGGAUGAAGGAAGGGGCUCACAUCAACCGCUCUCUGCUGGCUCUCGGAAACUGUAUCAACGCUCUGAGCGAGCGAGGAGGGAACAAAUACGUCAACUACCGAGACAGCAAGCUGACCAGACUUCUGAAGGAUUCUUUGGGUGGAAACAGCCGAACCGUUAUGAUCGCGCACAUCAGUCCCGCUAACAGUGCCUUUGAGGAGUCCAGAAACACCCUCGCCUACGCCGACCGUGCCAAAAACAUAAAGACCCGGGUCAAGAGGAACCUCCUGAACGUGUCCUACCACAUCGCCCAGUACACCAGCAUCAUCUCCGAGCUGAGGAACGAGAUCCAGAGACUCAAGGGGAAGAUUGACGAGCAAAGCGUCAAACAGAUCCGGGGCGAGAGGGGCGACAUCCGCAACAUCCAGGCCGAGGUCCAGCUCCACACUUUGCCCUACGACCGCCGAGAGAUAGACCAACUUCGAGAACAGCUGAUCAAGGCCUUCAGAGAGCAGAUGGAGAUCCGGAGGCAGCUGAUGGAACUGGAGAGCAACCACAUGGAAAUACAAAUGGAGACGUCUCGGCAUUUCCUAAUCGUCGCAGAUUGGGAGCAAGAAAAGACCCGGCGAGUGCGCAAAUGGAGGGAAGAGCUGCAGAGGGAAUCCUAUGGAAAGGACGACAGCGAGAAGGACUCUGAUACGGGAGACGACCAGUCUGACAUCAUGGAGCCGCAGGAGGUCACCGCGGCCAGAGAGAACAUCCAGGCGCUGGUGGGAGACCAAGGAAGACUCCACAGGCAGAAGCUGGAGCUGGAGAGGAGAUUUCGGGAGAUCCGCCAGCGAGCGCGGCGGCUGGAGGAGAUUUUACCGAAGAGGAUCAGCUCGGAGGAGCAGAGGGAAGUCCUGAGCCUGCUGUGUAAGGUGCACGAGCUGGAGAUCGAGAACACCGAGAUGCAGUCGCACGCCCUCCUGAAGGACAACAUGAUCCGCCAGAAGAACUACAUGGUGCAGAGAUUCGAGCAGCACCGCUGCAUCUGCGACGAGAUCAUCCGGCAGCAGAGGAGGAUCAUCGCAGAUCACAACUUGGCCGUCCCGCACCGUCUGGAGGACCUGUAUGAAGUCUACCUCCGCGAGCUGGAAGAGGGCACUUUAGAACGUAUUAGUCUCGUCGACCGAUCUUCAGUUUUGACUUUGAAGGACAGCCAGAGCUCCUUACCGAAAAUCCCUCAGAUCACCGCGGAGGAGACCUCCCAGGAACCGGACUCCGACCAAGAGAGCGUGAGAACCUUCGGAUCCGACAACCGCAAUCUCCAUUACCGGGAGUCGUACCGCCGAAUCUUACCGCGGCUUCUCUCUGACGCUGAGAGUGAUACCAAUAAAGUGUUUAAAACCAGCCCCCGUGCCCGUCACCUUAAGAAUUCCACAGUGGUGACUCCGCCUCCAAUUCAUGUGAACGGGAUGGUCAGCAAGGAGUCAUUUCCACGGAGCAAUCUGGUGAGCAUGAGCCAGUACAUCAACUCCUCUCCUGAAGGCAUCAAUAAGGUCGCUUUAACACGCAAAGAAAAGAAGGAGAUCCUCAGCAGUAUUAAAAAUAUCUCGGUGAAGGCAGCCGGGCGGCGUUCCCGGGUCAUCGAGGGUGACCGCCUCCAGCCUCUCCAGCAGAUGAAGGAGAGAAGCAACCUGUCCGUCCACUCGCUGAGCGAGAGCGAGGACAACCCGUUCCGAGACCAGCGGGUACCCGCCUCGCCACUCCACCACGCCGCCAGUGAAGAUAACCUUUCCACCAGCACCGGGGAGAUGGUGGUGGCGCUGGCGGGAGGAAACCGCGGGAGUGAUUCUCCAGGAUUCUGGCAGCCCGUGCCAAAGAAAGGGGCCCAGAAGCAGGAGAAAAGGGAGGAGACACUGGAGGUGAAACGCAGGAAAAAGAGGUCGCGGUCCUUUGAGGUCACCGGCCAGGGGCUGAUCCGACCAAAGAACCAUCCUUCCCGAAACAGAAUCCUGGAGAGCAAUUCCGAGCACAAGAUCCAGACGAACGGCCCUCAGGGAGGAAACGGCCGCGCUCCGGGGAAGGUCGCACUGCCGAUCGCGCAGGUCAGACUUCCUCAGAACCAGACGGGACCAGGGAAACAGCCGGACCACCAAGGAACGGGGUCCCAGCCCAACCCACCAGUCAACACGAAGAAGCAAACCUCCAAUCAGCGCCCGCGAUUCAACUACGUCAACUCCAACGCCGCCAGCGUAACCGGCAAAGAGAUGAAGGUUCGGAAAUAUUAGGCGGUGGUGGUCGGUACGUAAGCAGUACAGCCAAAAAAACGGGGGCCUGGAGUUUGGCCGAGCGUUGAUGGAACUAAGCUGACUUUGAGGUUCAGAACGACUUAAUUCUAGCAGUAUCAAUAAAUCGGUAUUGGAUUGGUAUUCUGGAGGGUUCGCCCCUCAUUCCCUACCCAACAGGUAUUAAGACUCUAACUUGCCCCUCAGUGACUGCAAUGAGGCCACUAAAGGGGUGAAAGGGACACAAGGACCUCAGGCUGCCCACGUGGUGGAGUGUCGGAGCUAAGAAGGCGAGUCGGACAGCGUCGGUACUGCACAGACGAGGUCAAUGCAGCAAUCUACAGAGUGCCUGUAUCGAGACUACUGUUUUACCUCCAAUCCGGUGAAUCAUGGCCGCGGCCUUUCCCUUCAUGUGGGGUGGUACUGUGCUGGCUAUCCUGCAGGAGCAGAAGGCGGUUGACCCAUGGUGACCACCACCCUUGAACUCUAACCCAUAACCCACCUUCAUUAUAAAUGACCGUACCUUGGACAUUGGUACAGCAGGAAUGCACAAGGACCAAAGUUUAUUGGGCGGGGGGUGAGUUACUACAAACCCCAACACAGGGGUCCUCCUGUCGAGGCUCCAACUCUUCUACAAAAUCAAUUGUACAAGACAUUUUUUUCCUUUCAACGUAAAUUUGCUAAUUUUUUUCUACCAACAUGCACUGGACUCCACGGAGGGCUAUAUCCUUUGUAUCUUCUUCAGCAAGAUUUCAGUAUGACGCUAAUUUAAGCUGCUUCUAUUGGACGGUCACUGACCAAUGCUGGGUGUUAGGGGGUUGCUUUAUAUAUAAGUUCCCUCCUCCCCCCCCAUCUUUUCUUUUGCUGUGGCCUCUGCGCCAUUUAUGUGGCAGGGAGUGAAUAUACGAGAGACUCACUAAAGGGACCAUUUAAUUGGCAUUAAAUGGAGAUUAAUUUAAAUUACAUUCAAUUAAAUUAAAGAAUGAGACAGAGAUUAGUUUAAAAUAAAUUCGAUUUAAUAAAGAAUUAAAUAGAGAUUUAGAGUGACCUAAAAAAAAUGGACUACUUGGCAGCCUGCAAAAGACCAAUUCUCAAGGGAUAUCCAACAAAUUUUAUUUUUGAUAUAACAGGAAAGGAGUUUUUUUUGCUGGCGGUGUCCCCAUUGGUAAGAUUUCUCAAUUAAUUUUUCCUGGUGGCUGCUGUGAAAGGAAUGAGAAAUCCAAAAUGAUGUGGUUGUCACCAGAACAAGCGCUGAGGAUGGGAAAUGGUGGUGAGGAUAGACUAUCCAAUGGGAAAUAAUGGUGAGGUCAGAUUAUACAAUGGGAACCAGUGAUCAGGAUAAUUUAUCCAGUGGUGACUCACUGGUGAGGAUAGACUAUCCUCACCACUAUUCUCCAUUGGAUAAGCUAUCCUCACCACUGGUUCCCACUGGAUAAAUUAUCCUCACCACUGGUUCCCAUUGGAUAAUCUAUCCGUACCACCAUUUCCCAGUUGAUAGAUUAUCCAAUGGAAACCAGUGGUGAACAUAAUUUAUCUAAUGGGAAAUGGUGGCGAGGAUAGAUUUUCCAAUGGGAACUGGUGGUGAGGAUAAUUUAUCCAAUGGGAAGCAGUGGUGAGGAUUGAUUAUCCAAUUGAAAAUAGUGGUGCGGAUAGAUUAUCCAAUGGGAACCAGUGGUGAGGAUAGAUUAUCCAAUGGAAACCAUUGGUGAGCAUAAUUUAUUUAAUGGGGACCGGUGGUGAGGAUAAUUUAUCCAGUGGUGACUCACUGGUGUGGAUAGAUUAUCCAAUGGGAAAUGGUGGCGAGGAUAGAUUUUCCAAUGGGAACUGGUGGUGAGGAUAAUUUAUCCAAUGGGAAGCAGUGGUGAGGAUAAUUUAUCCAAUGGGAAGCAGUGGUGAGGAUAGAUUAUCCAAUGGGAAAUGGUGGUGAGGAUAGAUUAUCCAAUGUGAACUAGUGGUGAGGAUAAUUUAUCCAAUGGGAACUGGUGGCGAGGAUAGACUGUCCAAUGGAAACCAGUGGUGAGGAUAGAUUAUCCAAUGAGAAAUGGUGGUGAGGAUAGAUUAUCCAAUGGGAAAAGGUGGUGAGGAUAGAUUAUCCAAUGGGAAAUGGUGGUGAGGAUAGAUUAUCCAAUGAGAAAUGGUGGUGAGGAUAGAUUAUCCAAUGAGAAAUGGUGGUGAGGAUAGAUUGUCCAAUGGGAACUGGUGGUGAGGAUAAUUUAUCCAAUGGGAAGCAGUGGUGAGGAUAGAUUAUCCAAUGGGAAAUGGUGGUGAGGAUAGAUUAUCCAAUGUGAACCAGUGUUAAGGAUAAUUUAUCCAAUGGGAACUGGUGGCCAGGAUAGACUGUCCAAUGGAAACCAGUGGUGAGGAUAGAUUAUCCAUUGGAAACUGGUGGUGAGGAUAGACUAUCCAAUGGGAAAUAGU